AUGGCUCCACCUCACAGACAUCACAAUUUUCGUCCAGAAAAUGUGUACAAGCGUGCAGAAGAUUUGAUUGCUGUUGGCCAAAGGAAUGCAGCAUUAGAAACAUUGUACGAAUUGAUUACCUCUAAGAGAAUUCGUUACUUAGCAGUUCAAGAUUUAGAGCCAAUUGCGUUGUUACUUAUUGAGUUAGCAGUUGACUUAAGAAAGGGUAAAUUGGCCAAGGAUGCUUUACAUCAAUAUAAGAAGAAUGUUCAGUUGUCCGAAAACGGUCUUGAAUCCGUCCAAGUUAUUGUUCGUAAAUUCAUCGAAUUGGCAGAAAAGAAGUUAGAAGAAGCUCAAGCUAAGGCUGAUGUUAAGAUUGACCAAGGAGAAGUUGAAGACUUGGAGGCAGCGCAAACACCAGAAAGUAUUUUAUUGUCGGCAGUUUCUAAUGCUGAUUCUGCUGACCGUACUGAACGUGAAUUGGUCAACCCAUGGUUGAGAUUUUUGUGGGAAGCUUUAAGAGCAGUUUUGGAUAUUUUAAGAAACAACUCCAAGUUGGAAGUUACCUAUUCUGCUAUUGUGAACCAAGCAUUCCAAUUCUGUUUGAAAUUCAACAGAAAGGCUGAAUUCAGAAGAUUAUGUGAAUUAUUGAGAGGACACAUGCAGUCAGUUACUACCCAAAUCAAGCCAACUGGAAGUAUGAAUGCUAUUGACUUAUCUGAUUCUGAAACUGUUCAACGUUACUUAGAUCAACGUUUUGCUCAAUUGAACAUUUCGGUUAAAUUAGAAUUAUGGCAAGAAUCAUUCCGUUCUGUUGAUGACGUCCACACUUUGAUAACCGCUUCUAAGAAGGCUCCAAGACCAGUCAUGAUGGCUAAUUAUUACGAAAACUUGGGUAGAAUCUUUGCUGUCUCAGGUAAUUCUUUAUACCACGCUGCUGCUUGGAAUAAAUUUUUCAACUUGUACUGUCAAUCUCCAAAUGCAACUGAUGACGAAUUAAGUCAUUACGCUUCCAUCCUUGUUUUAGCUACUUUGUCUGUUCCUCAAAAGUCUCUUAAUAGUAACGAAACUGUUGUUGAUGAUCAUAAGGCAAAGAAUGCUAAAUUAACUUCUUUAUUGAACUUAAACCAGGUCCCAACUAGAGACACUUUAUUGAAGUCUAUUGUUAGCAGAUCUAUUUUAAGUUUUGUUGAUCCAGCUGUAAAGCAAUUAUUCACCGUUUUAGAAGAAGAUGAAUUCCAUCCAUUAACCAUUAAGAAGAAGGUAUCCGAAGUUUUCCAACUUAUUGAAUCCAAUAAGGACUAUAAGCAAUAUAUUCCAACUUUAACUGAAGCAAUCUUGAUUAGAUUGUAUCAACAAGUUUCACAAGUCUAUGAAACUGUUAAGUUAGAUUUCUUAGUUUCAUUGGGUAUUAUUGAAGGCACAGAAUUCUCUUUGAGCGCAUUAGAAGUUGAAAAUUUAAUUGUAAAUGGUGUUAAAGAUGGCCAUUUAUCAUUGACUAUUGACCAUGAAACUGAUGUCGUCACAUUAAAAUCCAAGCCAUUCGAAGACGCUUUCACUGAUUCAUUAACUUCUAAAUUACAAAUUUCUCCAUCUGAGUUAGUUAGAUCUCAAUUAUCAAAGUUGGCACAAACCUUAUCUUCUUCUGCUAAAGUUAUUGAUCCAGAAUAUGAAGUUCGUAUCCAGAAGACCCGCAACGAAGCGUUAAAGAAUGCUAUUGCUGAUAUGGCAAGAGAGCAACAAGAAAUUGCUGACCGUGUCAAUGUUAUGGAAGAGCGUAAACGUAUUGCUGAUAAGGCUAAGCGUGAACAAGACGAAGAAGCAGCGAGAUUAAGACAAGAGGCCAAUGUUGCUGAACAAAAGGCUGAACAAGAAAGAAUAUUAGCUGAACAAGAAAGAAGAAACUUAGAGAAAUUAGAGAGAGAAAGACAAUUGGUCAAGGAAAAAGAAAAGUUGAAGAUUGCUGAGGAAAUUAACGCCAAGGGUAUCAUCAAGCUUGACUUAAAUAACUUAGAUGAUUUGGAUACUGAAAAGUUGAGAAUCAUGCAAAUCGAACAGUUGAAUAAGGAUAAGAAGGACUUAGAAGAACGCUUAAAGGUUUUGUCUAAGAAGAACGACCAUACUGAAAGAGCAUUCAGACGUUAUGAAUUACAAUACUUAGAAAAGGAUGCAGAAAAGCAGCAAGAAGACGAUAUCAAGAACUACGAAACCUUAAAGGAGCUUAAGAUCAGCAAAGCUAAGAAAGACCAUGAAGAAUCUUUGGCUUUGAAGGAUCGUUUACAACGUAUUGUUCCAGACUUUGAACCAUUCAAGAAGAUAAUUGACGAAAAGCAUUCGAGCAAAUUAGCUGAAUUAAGAAAAGAAGCUCAAGCUGCUUUAGAACAAGCAAAGAGAGAACGUACUGAACGUGUUAAGCAUCAACGUAUGGAUGAAUUAAUGGAAAGACGUGAAUAUGAACGUAAAGAAGCUGAACAAGAAGAAAUAAAGAGAAAGCGUCAAGAAGAAAUGGAUAAAUUUAAGGAAGAACUUAGAAUUCAAAAGGAAAAGGAUGCAGAUUCAUUAAGAAGAAGACAGGAAAUGGCUAAUGAAAGUGCUAAACCAGCCACCCCAGAACCUGUACCAGCACCAGUACCUGCCGCAGCAGCAGCAGCAGCAAAGCCUAGCGCACCUUUGACUUUUGCCGAAAAGAUGAGAUUGAAGAGACUUGGAAAGCCUGGUAAUUGA